GACACACGCUAGGACCCAGCAAACGUCUGCCUUCCAGAUUUUCUUGCUGGAUGCUCUGUAACCUUCUCAAAGAGGCGCUGCCCUUAAAACGGGGUCCAGCUUUUUUGGGGGGGGGGACAGAGGAGAGACCCAACCCCCACCUCUGCUUCCCGGAAUUUGGAGCUAGCUUGGAGACCCUCCCGAACCCCAAAAUGCCAGCUUGGCCUUUGUCCUUUUAACUCCUUGGGAAACCCGGUGGCUGGACCAGCGCUCUGCUUGCCCAUUCUCUCUCUGGACUCCAGCAGUGAUGUGAGACUCAGAGAAAAACAAUCCAGACGCAUGGAAGACCAUUCCGGAAGACAGAAAUGGCGCCGUCGACACGAAGGAAAAGGCCCUCCUCGCUGUGCCCCCAUUUUCGUUCAAAGAAGACAUCCUCCCACGGUGGUCGGGCUGGAGUGACUGAGUUUCCACCCUAAACUGCGGCUACCACAAUGAAAAACCACAAGAGCCCCCACGCCGUCGUCCUGGUGAUUCUCUUCGCCUUGUUCAUGCUGCUGAUCAUUUACAAUUCCAACAGCCGCGGGGAAGGCCUCCGUUACGCCCCUCCCCAGAACAAGACCCCGCUGCCCUCCAGCCUCAAGACGUGGGGGGUGAAAGGCGAAUACCUGCCUGUCUCUGGAGGGAAGCCCUUAGACCGUCACUGCAAUCAGUGCGUCCUCAUCACCAGUUCCAGUCACCUCCUGGGCAGCAAGCUGGGCAGAGACAUUGACCAGACCGAAUGCACCAUUCGCAUGAACGACGCGCCCACCACGGGCUUCUGGGAGGACGUGGGGAACAAGACCACCUUCCGCGUCAUCGCUCACUCCAGCGCCUUCCGAGUCCUGAAGAGGCCGCAGGAGUUCAUCAACAAGACCCCCGAGAACGUCUUAAUUUUCUGGGGUCCCCCCCUCAAGAUGCAGAAGAGCAUCAUCAAGCUCAUCGAGCGCGUCAGCCUCAGUUUCCCCAACAUGACCGCCUUCGUGGCUUCUCCGAAGCGCAUGCAGCAGUUUGACGACCUGUUCCAAAAAGAGACGGGCAAGGACAGGCAGACGUCACGCUCGUGGCUGAGCACCGGCUGGUUCACCAUGGUUAUCGCCGUCGAAUUGUGCGACAAACUCCACGUUUAUGGGAUGGUGCCCCCCAGCUACUGCACCAUGAAGACCCCUCCCCACCGGUUGCCCUACCACUACUACGAACCGAAGGGGCCGGACGAAUGCACGACGUACAUCCGCAACGAACGCAGCCACAAAGGGAACCACCACCGCUUUAUCACCGAGAAACGGGUCUUCGCCAGAUGGGCUAGUCUGUACAACAUCACUUUCUCACACCCCGAGUGGGAGUAGGACCACAAGGAGACCACACAAGUGCCAAAGCCGGGAUCUUGCAGGCGCCCCACCCUAGCUGGGCCUGGCUAGCAGAGCCUGGAGGUUUUUAAGUUUCCCAUCAUGCCACAGAGGAGCGCCCUGGGGCAUGGUGGGAAAUGAGAAGUCUGAUGGUCCCACAGUUGGAUGGACGCCCAUCUCAACCCCCUUGUAAGGUUCUUCUAGCACUGGUGGAGCUCGGUGUAAGCUCUCCAAGAGCUCUCUCUGGUUCCUGGAGCGCUGUGUUAUUUCCCAUCAUGCCACAGAGGAGCGCCUCGGGGCAUUGUGGGAAAUUAGGAGUCCGACGAGCUCACAGCUGGAUGGCAGCCCAUCCAAGUUGCUUCUAGUUGGACGCUUAGCGGUUGGUAAGUUCUCCGAGAGGGAUUUGUUUUCUCUCUCCCUGGUUCCUUUUCGCUGCCUUGUUCAACUUCAGAGACUUGAUCCUGGAAGGCGGGGGGGAGCCCUCCUGAACUGCAGACUCCGACUCCCAUUAUCCUUAGCCAAGUCGCUCAGGAUCAGGGACGAGGAGACUUGGUGAGGCCCCGCCAUCUGCUUAGCUGCCCUUGACCCCUCGCCGCUUGACCUGUUCGGUCCUUCCAAAGGUGUUAUUUAUUUAUUUAUUUAUUUUAGAGGGGGGCCACUGGGCAAAACCUCCCCUCCCGUGGCUGGGAAGGAUGGGAGUUGUAAUCUUGGAGCAUCCGGGAGAGCAAAGCAUCGGGGCGCUAUUUUUUUUUCCCCCCUUUCCUUAUGACCAAAAAAAAAAAAAAAAUUAAUUUAAAUUGAAGAGCAGGGAAGGCAGCAAACAGCCUUCCCCCGGUCAUCCAAUCUAUCUGGGGUUCAGGAAAAGAACCCCCCCCCCAAAAAAAAAGUUUCUGAAGGACUUCCCUACAUACUGCUGGGCAAGCAAAGAACUCCCUUAGCUGUGUAGCCACCUGUGCCCAAUUCUGCUGAUCUUACUUUUCUGCCCCACGGUGGGUGGCCAGUCCCCCAGCACCCAGGCAAUUUGGGCAGCUUAUUCAGCCUGGCAACACAGUCCUGGCGUCUGAUCUGCCAGCUCCCCAAAAUGACUCCGACAAUCUCAAUUUGCAGAAUUCAAUAAAAGAAUUGCUCUUUGCACUUCUGUUUCUCUGCUGCAAAACUUGGCCCUCCAUUCAUCUUUCUCAAUUCAUUGAUUUCUACCUGUUGGGUUGCGAUGCCCACUGUCCCCAGCUGGAACAGCCAGGUUAAAAGAUGACACACACACACACACACACACACACACACGUCCUUUCUGGAGCCCCUUCUUCAAAAGUUUGGUACCAAAGCGAUGGCGGUGAGGAUGUUUUCGUUUGGAUUUUGCACUGUUGCCUUUUCAUGCAUUCUGAGACGGUUGAACGUUUACUGGCCUGCGACAUUCUUUACUGUUAAAAGUUGCUUUGACGUGUUUGACGAAUCUUAAAGAAGACACUUUUAAUAAACGUUGACUUGACUAAAAA